CUCUAUUUCUAGUAGAUAAAUGAUAUCGACCUUUGCCUUUGUAGUAGUUCAUAUAAAAAAACAACUCUUUCUCGCUGAAAAUUUACUGCAAAGUGGGCUCUUCAGCUUCACUAUGAAGGUCCUAGUUAUUCUGUUUCUCGCCGGCUUUGCCUUGGCAGCGGCCAACCCCAUCUUUGAACUCGCCGAAGUUGGUGGUUUUGGAGAUUUUGUGGAUGACAUUGAUUUCGCUACUGACGACAAACCCACCUUAGAGGAAGUCAAGGAGAAGCUGAGACAAAAAUUCAAAGACUUCUUACAUAAAGUCCGAGAAGCCUUCAAGGGUGGCGAAGAAAUCAAGGACGAGAUCCUUAAGAAGGGGAAGGAAAUCAAAGAGAAAUUCAAGCUCCUCAAAGAACAACUGGACAAAGAGGGCAAAGACUUCCUUGAAAAGUUGGUCGAUCAUGGCAGGGAUUAUCUGAAACAGAUCUUAGACAAGCUUGGAGUGAAAGACAAAAGAGCUAUCGAUUACCAUGUGGAGGCCAUUAUGCAAGCAGAAGAGAAAGACGACGUCAUUCAGAAGCUGAAGGACAAAUUCCAGGAAGUCGUUAAGAAAGUGAAAGAUGCCAUAGACCAAGGCAAAAGCCUGAAGGACGGUUUGGAGACACUAGAAAAGAUCCGAAAAAAGCUGAAGGAGUUCAACAUUGACCUCGGUGACUUUGGAAAUGAGUACCUGGAACAACUCAAGGACAAGGUGAAAGACUACUGGAAGAAGCUCAAAGAGAGGCUGGGAGUGAGCAAGAGAAACGCUGAUAUCGAUGUACUCGGUAUGGUAGAGGAACUCAAGAAACUGAUUAAGGAGAAAUUCAACUUGGACAGAGUAAAGGAAUUCGUCCGAAAAUAUGUUGGAGAAAACAGCGAAGAGUUGGUAGAAAUUCUGAAGAAUGUCUUCAAGGAGAACGGCGAAGAGCGUGUACAGAAAGUGAGAGAAUUUAUAAAGAAGAUUGUAGAAAAAUGGAUUAAUUCAACUGAACAGAAUUCCGUAAGUGAUGUUUUUGAACAGAUUCGAGACUUCUUCAAGGAUCUUGGAAUAGAGAUCAGGGACAGGUUCACGAAGUUUGGAGAGUGGGUCAAAGAGCAGUACAAGAAGGGACUGGAGAAGAGCAAGAAUAGGUUAGAAAACAUUAAGAACAUCGCCAAAGAGUUCUUGGAAGAUACCAAGAAGAUCUCGAAAGAUGUUGCGGAGGAAGCCCUGGACUUCUUCCGGGAAUACAAAAAGGACCUCGGUAUCAUCUUCGACGACAUCGAAGUGAAAGUCAAGGAGAUCCUGAAGCAAGACUAAACUUCUCUUCAAUAAUGAUUUUAGUUAUUGUACUUGAAACGAGUUUUCACUUACUAUUUUUAUUCUCCUAAAAUAUUUCAUAAAAUACUUGUCAAAAAAUUUAGAACAAAUAGUUACACUACUCAAACGACUUUGUUUUUGUAAUAUUUAGUUUUGUAUUUUACAGAAGAAUUUGGCAUUCGCUUAUGAAUAUUUUUAUAAAUUGAAUAAAUAAAAUUUUAAAAUAAACACA